AUGCGCAACCUGUUGGCCGUUACCUGGGAGCGCACGCAGCUACACCACUUCUACCCUCAGGAGUAUAGGGACAAGUUCGCCACGAUCAGUAUCAAGGUGGAUCAGUUCAUAGUGUCGCUCACGGACGAGACGCACCGGAUCUGCACUGUCUGUGGCGAAGCAAACGGCUGCAAGCUCGGUAACUGGAACGACCGGUGGCCGGAGCUCUUCUUCAAAACCCCGCUCACGGUGACCGUCGACAAAUUUAGCUCCCUCACGGGUGAGCAGCAGAAAGCGCUUAGUGUUCUGUUCGGCGCCAAUUUUACACCUCCGUCCAGCUUUUCGAAUACAGACAAGAAGUAG